CCCCCUCAUUUAAAGUCCCCUCCUGGGUCUUCUCUCUUCCUCUCUGUUUUCUACAUUCUUUCUAUUCAUGACUCGUGCUCAUGACAGAGAUCUAAAGAGGACUGGAGAGCCCAUUUCUCUGCUUUUUCUUUCACAUCUGAUAUGGAUCUUGCAGGAAGAAGAUUGCUGAUUUCUGGGUCACAACCUCUUUCGCCAUUAUCAAGCCCAGUGAGUUCAAUCCUUCACUCACAUUCUCAUUCUGCGAGUACCAGUUUUCCCAUUAUAGCCAUCGCUAUAAUAGGGAUACUAGCCACAGCUUUCUUGCUCGUUAGCUACUAUAUCUUCGUCAUCAAAUGCUGCCUCAAUUGGCACCGCAUAGAUCUCCUAAGACGGUUCUCUCCAUCCCGGAGGCGAGAAGAGCCACCGAUGACAUAUUCACCGGCGGGCACAGAGCCUCGAGGACUCGACGAGGCGGUGAUCCGAUUAAUCCCAGUCAUCCAUUACAAAGCAGAGGAAAACAGAGAAUCCGGAGAGCGAAGCUUCACGGAAUGCUCUGUUUGCUUGAACGAGUUCCGCGAGAAGGAGAAGCUGAGGAUUAUACCGAAUUGCAGCCAUGUGUUCCACAUAGAUUGCAUCGAUGUUUGGCUUCAGAACAACGCCAAUUGCCCACUUUGCAGAACAAGCAUUUCUCUAUCAAGCAGAUUCCAAAUCGAUCAGAUUCUAAAUUCCAGACCCUCCUCGCAAGAUCGACGCCCGUAUGGCGAAAAUCUCAGUGGUGGGGAUGAAGAUUUCGUUGUGAUUGAACUCAGCACCAACGGUCACGGUAGAGACCAGAACUCCAAUGGAAGGCAGGAAAGAGAAAACCCACCACGAGAGGUGAGUCCUUCGCCUGGGAAGAUAAUGGGGCAGCAGAAAAAACCAUGGAAGUUUCAGAAAGUGACGAGCAUGGGGGAUGAAUGCAUCGACACUAGAGGUAAAGAUGAGCAAUUUUCAGUACAGCCCAUAAGAAGGUCCUUCUCCAUGGAUUCUUCAGGGGAUAGACAGUUGUACAUGGCAGUUCAAGAAGCUUUGAAGAAGCAGAACAGGCAAGAAGUGAGUGAGGUAUCAUCGUCCUGCAUUGAAGGGUGUGGUAGCAGUAGUGGUAGAGUCAAAAGAUCAUUCUUUUCCUUCGGACAUGGUAGCAGUAGAUCCAGAAGUUCAGUCCUACCUGUUUAUGUGGACCACUGAAAUGUUUUCUAGUUUGUGUGUGCGAGCCAGCACAUCUCAUUUCUCAUUCUAGAACUUUUGUGAAAUAGAGAUUACCAUUAGAAUGUAAUGUAAUCAAUAGAAGAAGAGCAUAGGGUUGUAAUGACAGAGAUAUUCAAUUGCAUUUAUUUUUAGCUCGAAA